GGCCAUCCAGUCACAGGUGCCGAUGCGGCCGGAGAACGUCCCUUUCUCAGGGGCGACGCGGCGUCUCUACGCCGCUGCGGUCCUCCUCGCUCCAAACUACGCCCCAGGAUCUGGGCGGGCGGCGAUGCCAGGGGAAAAGAGCCAAUCUAAGAGUUAUUACCGUUAGCAGCGAAGACGACGACUAACGUCGAAGACGGAGAUUGCGUCUCCCUGUGCUUCCGCCCCGUAGCCCCGGGAACCGGAAAUCCGGCUGCCCCGGGUCACGUGAUCGACCGCCAUAUCUACUCUGGUGUCAGCUGCGGCUGGGAGGGGGAUCGGUGCGACGCUGCUUCUUUGGGCGUGGUUUUCCACCUGGGGGAAGGGUCUGCGGAGCGUGAGGGGAGGUGGAGGAGAUGGCGGCAACUGCGCAGGAAGAUGGCGUCCGCAGCCAAGAGCGAGGGCAGCGGGGCUGCGAGCACUAUGACAGAGGAUGUCUCCUGAAGGCGCCUUGCUGUGACAAGCUUUAUACCUGCCGGUUGUGUCAUGAUAACAAUGAAGAUCAUCAGCUAGACCGCUUUAAAGUAAAGGAAGUGCAGUGUAUAAACUGUGAAAAAAUUCAGCAUGCCCAACAGACUUGUGAAGAAUGUAGCACAUUGUUUGGAGAAUAUUAUUGCAGUAUAUGCCAUCUGUUUGACAAAGAUAAGAAGCAGUAUCAUUGUGAAAACUGUGGAAUUUGUAGGAUUGGUCCAAAGGAAGAUUUUUUCCACUGUUUGAAAUGUAACUUAUGCCUAGCUAUGAAUCUUCAAGGAAAACAUAAGUGUAUUGAAAAUGUUUCCCGGCAGAAUUGUCCAAUAUGUUUGGAGGACAUUCACACAUCCCGUGUUGUUGCUCAUGUCUUGCCAUGCGGACAUCUUUUACAUAGAACAUGUUAUGAAGAAAUGCUGAAAGAAGGCUACAGAUGUCCAUUAUGUAUGCACUCUGCUUUAGAUAUGACUCGGUACUGGAGACAGCUGGAUGAUGAGGUAGCACAGACUCCUAUGCCAUCAGAAUAUCAGAACAUGACUGUGGAUAUUCUCUGCAAUGACUGUAAUGGGCGAUCUACAGUCCAGUUCCAUAUUUUAGGCAUGAAAUGUAAGAUCUGUGAAUCCUACAAUACUGCUCAAGCUGGAGGACGUAGAAUUUCACUAGAUCAGCAAUAACCAGUCUCUACUUCACUGGAAAACUCAGCUUUUGUGAUAGAAAAAAACUCUGUGGCUGUUGUCAUAAUGUGUCAUAAUCUAUGCAUUGGAAUUGAUGUGUUUUGUACUAGUGUCACAGCAUAAAAUCAUAUUACAAAUACUUAUGGAUUCAGGGUCUCUUUAUAGAAUUAGCUCUUUAUUGGAUGAGAACCUCUUUGCUUGUGUUUUGAUUGGAAAUUCCUUUAGUGUCAGUUGUUUGGAAGCCAAUGAUGUUUGCCAUUGAUAUACACAUUCAUAGAACUAUGUUAUAUUUUCAUGGAACUAAGCGACACUAUGUGCACAGAAUUGAUAGAACUGCACUUAAUUCUCAGUAGUGUUCUUGACUUUAAGGGCUGUGCUAUAAUGAGAAUAAGUUCUACCUAAUUGUUAAAACCUAAAUUAUCUAUGCUUUCAAUUUUUCUGGCAGUCCUUAGGAUCCUAUAAGUGAAUUUUGAUGUAAUAAAUGCUAAUAAAAUUAUAUCAAAAAAUUUUUAUAGAAGUUUUUUCUCAAGGUUGUUUAUUUUUAACUCAAUUACGACAACAUAAUCAGUUUUAUAAGGUAAAAGAAAUCCUCCUUUCUUUUGAGGUAUUCUUUUGUAAGAAUAGUUAGAAAAAUGUUAUGUAAAAUAAUGUGAGUUUUUCAAAACCUUGAUUAAAUAGCAGUAUUGAAAAUAAUUUCUUAGGUGGCCCAAAAUUAUUUUUUCAAAGAAUAAUUCAUAAUUCAGCAGCUAUUUAUUGGGUAACUGUUAUGUACCAGAAAUGGUUCUGAAUGCUGCAGAGACAGCAGUGAAUAAUAAAGACAGAAGUCCCUCCCCUCAUGGUUGUACAUUCUAGUGUUUGUCAUAUUUGAUUAGCACAUUCCUUGUUUUUGUUUUUUAUGCAAGUCUUAGAUGUCCUUGUUGUAAAUGAAUGGUUUAUUUCUCCCCUAAAUUCUUGUAAGUGGUAUAUAAAUGAAUGGAAUGGUCAUUGGAUAUGCCUGGCAAGAUUGGUUUUUGUAAUAUUUUUGGGGGCUUGUAUAAUGGAAUUAAAUGUACUUCUUGAUUCAGGAACAAAAUUAACAAACAUUCUUGAUGAUCUAGUUGACUUCUGCAGUAAUAUCUCAGUUCUCAGUACACAGCAUUAGGAAGUAAAAUGUAUACUCAAUGAUGAGUACUUAUGUACCAGUUGUAUUUCCAAUUUUAUGCUAGUUGAAUCUCCUAUGAAUAAGGAAGAUAGUCUUCUAAUUAGAAAUCCUAACAGUUCAGGUACAUUUAUUUUUUAUGGUUGAAAUCUCUAACUGGAUAAAGGUAGUGGUAUUGGGGCUCAGAUUUUUAUGCUAUCUUACUGUUUUAGUCAGCUUUCUGUUGCUGUGACAAAAUACAGGAGAUAAUAAACUUUAAAAGGAGAAAAGUUUUAUUUCAGCUUACAGUUUCAGAGAUCAGUUCAAGGUCACUUGGCUCAGUUGUUUUUGGGCCUGUAUCAAUGCAGAACAUUAUGGUUGGGAGUGCAUGGUGAAGGAAAGCCAUUCACUUCGUGAUAGCUGAGAAGCAGGAGAGAUGAAGGAGCCAGUGUUCGGAUAGCUCCUUCACCGGCAUGCCCCCAGUGAUCUAACUUCCUUCAACUAGGACCCACCUCUUAAAGGUGCCACCAUCUCUCAGUAUCACUAUAGGCCAGGGAACAAUCCAUUAACACACAGACUUUUGUUGUUUUGGAUCCAAACUUUUCUAUCUUCUGUGUUAUAUUCUUGUGUUCUCUCCCUUCAUGGGUUUCCUUGGCCUGAACAGAUCAGCAGUGUUGCCUUGAUUUGGAGAAGGUGUACACGUUGCCAGGUAUUACUAGUCAGUGUACAGGGUAUGGAAAGAUUCUCAUCUGCUUAACUAAUUUAAAUGAAGCUAUUGCUUUUACUCAGGCUCAUUGGAUAUUCAGAUAGGAGUGAAGUAGUUAUUGUCUUCAUAUUAUAGAUGAGGAAACUGAGAUUUAGAAGUUAACAUACUGAAGUAAAUAACAGUUGCUAAAUGUCGGAAUGGGAAUCAGAUCCGGGUCUGUGAUUCCAAACUCCCUAUACCAUUUGGUAAAAUGCCCCUUAUCAGUAGCUAAUUGUCUGGUUUUUUAAAAUAUUUUUUUGUUGCAGGUGGACAUAAUACCUUUAUAUUAUUUAUAUUUUUAUGUGAUACUUAGGAUCAAAUCCAGGAUCUCACAUGUUCUAGGCAAGUGCUCUACCACUGAGCUACAAUCCCAGCCUUAAUCAUCUAUUUUUGAAGAGCUCAUGAUUUGAUUGAUUGACCUGUUUUUAGAUGACUAUAGUUGUUAGAAAUAUCUGAUUUCAAAAUCUGAUUUUAUCUGCAAUUCAGUAUUCAAAUUUGUAUAAGAUAAUGCCAAGUAAUAUGCAAUCACUUAUUAAUAGUAUCCAGUUAUGUACUUGGAACAGUUUUCAAUUGUCCUCAGAGUGUCUAUGCUGUAGCACUCAUUUUCUUUAAGGAUUUGUCCAUGAUAUGUCAACCUAGUGCUUAAAAUGCUUCAGCAAUUCUCAUUCACAAUCACAUUUCACAUCUCAUUCACAAUCCCUUAGCAUAUAAUAGUACAUAAUGAUAUGUAAUCUUAUACUUAAUUUUAUUUUGCUUUUUUGAUUUCAAAAAUAUUUUUGUUGUAGGAAAGAAGUAAGCAAAGGUAAAAAACCUCACUUUCAGUAUAAAUACUUUCAGUAUUUUAACAGAAACUUCCCUCUUUUAUUGUACAUGGAGACUUUAAAAACUUUCAGGAAUGUUAACACUUGGCUUGAUCUUUAGAAUAGUAAAAUAAUAGUUUGUUCCUGAAAUGGUUUGGUAGAAUUGUGUGUCCCUAAAAUAAGUCAGGUUGCCCUGCCACAAAAUUUGUAUCUCUGGUUUACUUAUUUUAAGAAUCAGUAGCUCAAUGUUUAUGAAUUUCUUGGUGCAUAGCUACUUAUCAACUUCUUUUAUCAUUAAAUAUGUAUCAAGAUACUCAUUUUUAAUCUUUAGUUUCUAGUGUUGUCUUAACUAGUAAAUAGAGAUUUGUACAUUAUAAUAUAUUUAAAAAUCAAGCUCAGUUUUUAUUUCUUAAAACCUAUUUUCAUGUUGCAUAUGUGUUUAAUUUUCCUUUCUUUAAAUUUUGGUCAUGAAUUAAAAUGAAUUUAUUAGUAUUUAGGAGCCAACUUAUAAGUACCUGACCCUUAAAAGGGAUCUAGUAGUUGAAUAGAUUGAUUUGAAAUGAAAUUGUUUGAUAUGAUAGAUGUUCAAAACAAUGACACUUUGUAAAAUUUUUAGUUGACAAAUAUUUGUAUACAUUAUGUACUGGAGUAUGGUGUGAUAUUUUGAUAUAUCUUUACAUUGUCGAAUGAUUAAGUCAGGCUAGUUAAUAAGUCUACCUCUCAUACCAUUUUUGUGUGAUGGAGGCACUUAAAAUCAGUAAUUUUGAAAUAUGCAGUGCAUUAUUUAUUGUAGUUACCAUUCUGUGCAAGAGCAUCAUUAAAGCUUAUUCCUCUUGUCUAA